AUACACGCGAAAACGUAUCCUGGAGGUCUGGUACAGUCAAUUGGUCAGUCAUUCUCUACGACAGUCUUUUGGGGCGACCGAUCGACCAUGCAAAAGUGCCGGGCCUUCAAUGGCGCUCUGGGCCGGAAGGCACUAGUUCCCACCCCUGCCGUGCAAUUUCAAGUUCAGCGAAGAAAUAUACAGGAUGUGCAUAUUACUAGGACCGGGAAGCCGAUUUUGAAGGUCCAAGGAGGAAGAUCGUCCUUGGGAGGCCACACUGCAACUGUCUUCGGAGCUACCGGAUUUCUUGGGCGCUAUAUCGUCAACCGACUCGCUCGUGCCGGAUGUACCGUCGUCGUUCCAUUCCGCGAGGAAAUGACCAAGCGUCAUCUUAAAGUCUCUGGAGACCUCGGUCGAGUUGUUUUCAUGGAAUACGACCUCCGCAACACACAAUCAAUUGAAGAGAGCGUUCGCCAUUCCGACGUUGUCUUCAACCUUGUUGGUCGCCAGUACCCUACAAAGAACUUCACCUACGAGGACGUCCACGUUGACGGUGCGGAGCGCAUCGCCGAAGCGGUUGCUAAAUACGACGUUGACCGAUUCAUCCACGUUUCUUCUUACAACGCCGCCGAAGACUCUCCAUCAGAGUACUUCCGCACCAAGGGUUGGGGCGAGCGUGUUGUUCGUGAGAUCUUCCCUGAGACCACCAUUGUUCGCCCUGCGCCAAUGUUCGGAUUCGAGGACAACUUGCUCCACAAACUUGCUGGCGUUACCAAUCUUUUCACCGCCAACCAUAUGAAGGAGAAAUACUGGCCCGUUCACGCUAUUGAUGUCGGAACUGCUCUUGAGCGCAUGGCAUACGAUGACAAUACCGCUUCUCAAACAUUCGAGCUUUACGGUCCGAAGCAGUAUUCUACUGCUGAAAUUGCCGAGAUUGUCGACAAGGAAAUCGUUAAGCAUCGCCGCCACAUCAACCUUCCCAAGGCCAUUCUUAAGCCUGCUGCCUACUACCUCAACAAAUACUUGUGGUGGCCUACUAUUUCGGCUGAUGAGGUCGAACGUGAAUUCAUUGACCAGCACAUUGAUCCCACUGCGAAAACGUUCAAAGAUCUAGACAUUGAGCCUGCUGAGAUCACUUCUCUCACCUAUCUCUAUCUCAUGGGCUACCGAAGCUCUCAAUACUACGACUUGCCGCCAGCUACUGAGCGUGAGCGAAGAGAAGAGAAGAAGUACCUGCACGUUCUGGAUGAUCAGUAGUCGCUUGCAGCUUGUAUGUGUAAAUAAAAUGAUUUCACUUGACUAGAUUGAUUUCCUUUGUUAUCAAUACAUGUAUUACAGUUCGUGACCAAGUCCAUCACCUAAACAUUCAUAGUAGUACUCUAU